AGAUUAUUAAUAAAGAAGAAUGAAAAUAGCUUAAAGUAACUAAUAUAUCAUACGGUUGAUGCAAUAUUGUUUAUAUGAAUUUAAAAUCUCACGUUGUCAUGAAAAGUCAGUCCCAGCUAUAUAAAAGUUGGAGAAACAAUCAAAGAGUUAACAUAUUCAUUCAUAUUUGAAACAAAAAAGAACGGGUUAAAUCUCCAUUUGGUAAAUACAGCUUCUCGUUUGUCUUCAGCAUUCUGAAGCUAUCUUAAUGAAGAGAUUGCAAGAGGAGGUGACUUCUUUGUUUUGCGUAAAUUUGAGAAGUCCAUUUCUCCAAAGAGCCACAAAAUUUCAGGAAUUACUUUUUUUUUCGAGUAAUAGGAAAUCCCAUUGGUUGUAAUCGCUAUACGAAAACAUGUAAUCUUCGUGAAUAUUCGCUAUCAGUUUAUAAUUAGUCUCGAUCGUGGAUUUCAAGGAUAGAAUUACAUCCAAGAGGAGCUAAAUGUGCGCGAAACGACGAAGAGUGUCCUUGCAAUGCAUUCAGAACGCGCAGGAAUACAAGGACACACGAUGCACGUUAGACAUUCUGCCACCAGAAAUUCUAGGCAUCAUCUUGAAGAUGCUAUCUUUGCACGAUGUUGCUUGUACCAUUCGUCUGGUCUCCAGACAUUGGUAUGAUAUUGCCGCGACAGUGCUGAAUAGCGAGUUCUUGGUAGCAGGCAUCAAGCUGGAGGUUGCGAUGAAGCGCACGAAGGAUCUCGUAAAUAAUGUAAAGACCGACAUUGAGAUGCUGAACUACAGCAAAACUUUCAACGCUCUGGAGCUUAUUCGAUCGCAGUAUCGCAUGUUGAAGGCAGUUACGUGGCGAUACACACAUCCAAGGUCCCACAGUUCACCCGUCUCCUGCUUCUACGGUGGCAGAGUCCUCGACAAUCUCAACUACUUGUUACAGACGGUUCUGGAUCCUUGUCAAGGAUUCUCGAUCGUCUUCUGUACUGACUUACAGAUCUUCGCACGUAGCUGCGAAAACUUCAUGGAUCAUUUCGAGAAGGUUACUGAGCGUAGGGUGAACAGAUCUGCGUUAAUUUCGGGAUGCAAGAUCAUUGACGUAUUAGAUUGUCUUGGGGAAGGACGACAGUUGCUAUCCUUCAGGACCUCGUCAAGAACAGGUACUCAUGUGGUUAGCAUGCAACUCAGAUACGUGCUGAAACGCACGUGGUUCACGUGCUUGCAGGUGCCUAACGCGAACAAUGAGCAUUGCUGGCGAGACAAACAACGUUACAUGUAUUUAAGAUUGCGCCGGCUAGUUAGUAGCUUCAACAAGCAACUCUUCUAUAAGCUGCAUUACGAGCGCAAGCUUGAUCUUCGAGUGAUGCUACCGUCGGUACCAUCUCGGAAACUACUACCGGCCUGCAUAUACUCAGGAUACGGCGAAUACGGUGGUCGAUUUUUCUACUAUGGUACCAUGAGCAAAUACGCCUACGAGUACAAGUUUAAGCAUGUGAGACUCAACAACGUAGAAAAUAUCGGCAGCGAACUUGAACAAGAAACGAAUCGACCACCUCAGUUCGACUUGGUCAUUACUAUCGAAUUGAGAUGCUCGUCAGAACUAGCACCACUGGCAGCGAGGGCACAUUUAAAGUGUGACGAUCUCGAGAAUUACAAUACCAACUCAAGUCAGGAGUUGUAUCUGAAAUUGAAUAUGAAAUGCGCAACGUCGAAAGCAAACAGAUUGCCUGGUGUCUUCGUUUGGGAGGUGUGUGAUCCACGGCGGAUUCGCUCACAAUAUAGUUGAGUCACAUGCUUUCUGCGUACUAGUUAGGUGAUUAUUGCAAGAUACCCUGUGUAUAUUCUUGUGUGUAAU